UCCUCAACAUCAAGGAAUGUUUGUGAAUUUUUCAAAUAUGUGUAUAAUGGGUUAUUUAUUACCUACAAGUCGUCUCAUUUCGUCAACAUAUUGUUGAGUAAACAUUUGAUAUUCAUUAAUUAACAGUGAUCUAUAACGAAAUGAUAAAGACAACGAAGCGAUGACCACAAAAUUCAUGAGUAGGGGAGAGGAAGGUCAUCCUGUAUGUAAGCACAUUUAAUUCAUUCGGUUCAUUUGGAAUGUUCAUGGAAGCUACCAAACAAUUUAAAAAAAUGUUUACUCGUUUGUAAGUGACGACGACUUUGUUUUUGUAAUCUGUGAAAGGUGCCUACCGAGUGAGCUGAGGCCUAUAGACUGAGUAAUUAAGUAAAAGAUGAUUUUCAAAGCGAUCUUUCUCAUGGGCUUUUUGCCGAGUCUUCAAACGCAGAUAUAUUUUCCUAGCGAGAGCGGUGACCUGAUGAAUGAAGAGAAUGUUGUUGCAUUAUCUUCAAGACUGAACGUUUCUGAAACCGAACAGAGUUCCAUGUACGAAAAAUACGUUGAUCAUCUCAUAGCCGCAGGAGUUGCCAGAUUGACUCUGGAGAUCAACAAAGCUUUUAUUCAAAAAAGGAAUACUGAAAAGGAUAAUAUUGUUUUUGCUCCAAUGAGCAUGGCGGGAGCCUUAGCUUUACUAUUGCUUGGAUCCAACGGAAAGACAUUCGAAGAAUUGACUUCAGUAUUGGGUCUGACCACUGGUCUAGACAUUGAAAGAAAAUCAGAACAAGUCCAUGAACAUCUGGGCAGGAUAAUAGGCAAACUAGAAGCAACAUCCGGUAUCAAAGUCGGCGAGCAGAUCAAUUUUGCUCUGGCCGUUUUUGUACAAACCAACUAUCCCAUCAGAAGUGUUUACAAGGAAACUGCUGAACAGUUGUACCAGAGUGAAGUCCUCAACGUAGAUUUUCAAUCCAAUCCAUUCAAAUCCCAACAAACUAUCAAUGCCUGGGUGUCGGACAGAACCAACGGAAAGAUUAAAGAUAUUUUAACCGAUGUUCCGUCAGGUGCGACCAGGGUGAUUGUUGCAAGUGCCAUGUAUUUCAAGGCGCAAUGGGAAAAGCCUUUCUUUGAAGGAAGCACAGCUAGACGCCCAUUUUACACAAACGGAAGAAAAUCCCCAAGUAACGCAGAAGUGGAAAUGAUGGCUAACGGAGGAGAGUUUCCGUACUACAAAGACCCGAAUCUGAAAUGCGAAGUACUCGGCCUCCCGUACAAGGGAAACGCGAGCGUCAUGUACGUUGUGAUGCCCUUCAAUUCGGACACGAGAAAACUGAAGGAACUAGAGAACUUGCUAACAGCAGGCGACUUGGAGCGUCUAGCAGAUAGCACUGUUUACACGAGAGCUGUCCUGCUCUUCCCGAAAAUGAAAAUAGAGAGCACCACAGACCUGAAGGGUGCUUUGAAGCACCUAGGCGUUACGAGUCUGUUCGACCCUUCCCGAGCCAACUUGGCCCUACUAUCGCCCGGGGAAGGACUGGUUCCCAGCUUACCUUCGAAGAUCUCUGUAGUCGAAAGCAAUCCGCUAGCAGCCAACUUGAAUCCGGAGGACGAGUCUGUUCUCAUCUUCAGCAGAUUCGGAAACACGGUCAACUGUUCAAGUAUAUUCGACAAAUCCAGCAACAUUUCCACAUGCCAAGAAACCGUCAAUGGGAAUAAAACAGUUACGUAUAAAAAAUUCGGCACGAAAGUUGGUCUAAGGGUGACUAGGAAAAUCGACCAACUCUCCCAAAGGCAGACAGUCGACAAUCUCAGGCAAAUUAUCAAUCAGCAGUCGACAGAUAAUCACUAUCAGAAUCCCGGUUUGUAUGCUGAUAAAAUCAUUCACAAGGUGUAUAUGGACAUCACGGAAACCGGAACCGAAGCGGCCGCUUCCACUUCAGUUGGUUUGUCGAGAGACGGCACCCGAGUAACGUUUCGAGUGGACGUGCCCUUCUUUUUCUUCAUCAGGCACGAAGAAACAAAGGCUAUCAUGUUCUGGGGCUCUGUCAACACGCCAACUCCAAGUUUUGGUAAAAACUGAAUGUGUGAUGUUUGUCUCUUGUUUUGUGAGUUACACUAGAGAUACUUCUGCUGGCAAGGUUCUCAUCGACAGAAAAAAAGUGUUAAGAACUUGACUUGGACUUGCAGAAAAUUUAGGAUAACAAAAUGCAAAAUUGUGAUUGAACUCUCAGUUAUUACAUUCCAUUUCUUUCAUUAUAUUUUCUUGAACUUCAUAUAUUUCCAAUAUAUCUAUUAAAAACACUUUGCUCAUACCGGACAAAAACAUUGUCUUAUAAAAUAUCUCAUAUUUUUUUUAUUAUAUACUCGUAUCUGUAACGUUUCUCAUGAAUGAAAACCGUAAUAAACUUUGUGAAUUACCUACUUACUUGUAGUGUCGGCCAAUUGAGGUUAUAUAAAUUUAAAUGAAGUGGUUUGAUAUGACAGUUUAUAUACAGAGAUAUGGCUCAGAGAUAUGUUUUGUGUUCACAAUAAUUGUAUCCUAUCACUUGUCAACUUAGGUCACUGUUCCUUUUUUUCACCAACACUAAUCUUCUGGGAUUCCCUGAACCAAUCAGUGAUGUCAUUUGACAGCGUUUACAAUUAAUUGGUGGAUUCAUUUGAAUAAAGAGUCAUGGGAAUUCCUUUUAAAAUAUAAAAAACUUGACAAUUUUGGAUUUUUAUUUUUUCAACUAAUGUUUCGUUAUAGAAAAUAUUACAAAAUACUGUGAAAAUUGAAAAGGUCCUGUAAAUGUCAUUUUUCUAAUUAAAUGUAAAAAAUGUUGGAAAUAUGUAAGCUUACAUGAAAUAUAUGCAGAAUUUGAUGUAGAUUAUAAAGUAAGUUCAUGUUGACGCAAUCGCCGUAGUUCCUUGAGAAUCAACCUGUAUGUUUCAGUUCCUAACUUGUUGCUUACAUCUAUGCUUCACAACUCAUUUUCAUUAACAGGAAAUUGAAGUAAAGGUGUUAGUAAGUUUAAGGAACUUUCCAAACUUUAAAAAAUAAAAUGUAACUUGUAUUUA